UUAGAUCGAUUAUAACAAUAUAUCACCCCACCCAAUCUGAUCCUUCCAAAUCAAAGCACCUCAAUUUGAAUUUUCUUUUUAGAAAAUAGCAUAAAUUUAUCUGUAUUUUUCUACUCUACUUUCCCAUUUCCCUUAAAUUCCGACCGAACAAGAACGUACCAAAAAAGUAAAAAACUUUCGGACCAACCAACCGAUUAAGUCCCUUUCUGCUUUAGACAUCUGUACUUGGCAACUUCUUCAGUAUUAUUCUUUUAAAUCAAAUCUGGAGUGUGUCUGAACAAAGAAGUAAGAUAUUUAUUUUUUAAAGCAAAAAGGUUUCCCACUAUCUAUUUAAUAUGCUGAGCCUGGGAUUGUGUUUUGAAGAAGAAAGAUAAAAGCAUAAGGUAGCCGCAGAGACGAGAAGAGAAGUAGCAAAAUUUCAAAAAUGGUGGUGAGGAAAGUGGGGAAGUACGAGGUGGGGCGGACGAUCGGUGAAGGGACAUUCGCCAAAGUGAAGUUCGCGCAAAAUACGGAGACAGGUGAAAGUGUUGCUAUGAAAAUUCUUGAUCGAAGUACCAUAAUCAAACAUAAGAUGGCUGAUCAGAUCAAGAGAGAGAUAUCUAUAAUGAAGCUUGUCAGACAUCCUAAUGUUGUCCGGCUUCAUGAGGUUCUUGCUAGUCGUACUAAGAUCUAUAUAAUCUUGGAGUUCAUCACGGGUGGUGAACUGUUUGAUAAAAUAGUUCAUCAUGGACGACUUAGUGAGGCUGAGGCUAGGCAAUACUUCCAACAACUUAUUGAUGGCGUGGAUUUUUGCCACAGUAAGGGUGUCUACCACAGAGAUUUGAAGCCUGAAAAUCUUUUACUUGAUUCCCAAGGAAAUUUGAAGAUAUCAGAUUUUGGUCUAAGUGCAUUGCCAGAUCAAGGAGUUAGUCUACUUCGGACAACAUGUGGAACUCCUAACUAUGUAGCACCCGAGGUACUUAGUCACAAGGGUUACAAUGGUGCUGUGGCAGAUGUAUGGUCUUGUGGGGUCAUCCUUUAUGUUCUAAUGGCUGGAUAUCUUCCAUUUGAUGAGCUUGAUCUCACCACGCUAUAUAGUAAGGUUGAAAAAGCUGAUUACUCAUGUCCGUCUUGGUUUCCAGUGGGAGCCAAAUCAUUAAUUCAUAGAAUUUUGGACCCAAAUCCUGGAACUCGUAUUACGAUUGAACAGAUCAGAGAUGAUGAGUGGUUUAAGAAGAAUUAUGUUCCUGUCAGACUUCUUGAAUAUGAAGAUGUCAACCUGGAUGAUGUAAAUGCCGUUUUUGAUGAUCCCGAGGUUGGUAAGGAAGGGCAGGCUAAUGAGCAAUAUGGGACGGAGGACAUGGGCCCUUUGAAUCUCAAUGCCUUUGACUUAAUAAUUUUAUCUCAAGGCUUGAACCUUGCAACACUAUUUGACCGUGGAGAGGACACUGUAAAGCAUCAGACACGUUUUGUGUCACAGAAGCCAGCAAAGGUUGUUUUGUCAAGUAUGGAGGUUGUCGCACAAUCAAUGGGUUUCAAGACGCAUAUUCGUAAUUAUAAGAUGAGAGUGGAAGGCCUUUCUGCAAACAAGACCGCUCAUUUCUCAGUCAUCUUGGAGAUAUUUGAAGUUGCUCCCACAUUUUUUAUGGUAGACAUUCAGAAAGCUUCUGGAGAUGCUAGUGAAUACCUCAAGUUUUACAAGAAUUUUUGUAGCAAUCUUGAGGAUAUCAUCUGGAAACCACCUAUUGAAUCAAGCAAAUCAAGGAUCACCAAGUCAAAGAGUAAAAAGCGUUGAUUUCUUUGCAUCAUGUUCUCAGGAUUAACGCUUAGAUCGGCUUUCAAAAUUGAAUUAGAAUGUCAUAUCAAUUUGUACAAACUCUCUUUGUAUCAAAGUUUGUACAAAUAUCUUUACCCUUAGAAAAUAUAUGUAUAAUAAAUUUUGUAUGGUUAGUGUUUGUUGUCGGUUUUUGAUCA